AUGGCGGUAAAUUUAGUUGAAGCUGAGGCAUUUACGGAUUCUCCGUUUCAGAGAUCUCCGCGAUCCAACGUGUGGAAGCACUUCACUCGCAAUGCCGCCAAGGACCAGGCGACGUGUAAUUUGUGCAAGGCAGUGUUGUCCUACAAAGGAUCAUCGACAACGAGCUUGCAUCGACAUCUGAGCAACCGUCACCCGUCGUCGGCAAGCCUUCCUGAACAAAAGGACUCUAAACGGUCAACAAAGCAGACAGACAUUUCUGUCUUUGCGAAAACCUCGUCGCCAGCUUCGUCACGGCCCGUUUCUACUGUGCGCCAGCGGGAAAUCACGGAAGUGUUAUCGCGUUGGCCUUGGCUUGAUGGCCGCCCAAUUUCGAUCGUAAACGAUGCCGGACUACGAGAGCUGCUGCACUAUUUAGAACCGGGCUACUCCAUUCCGUCAACAACUCACAUCGCCGCUUUGAUUCGGAAGCAGCAUGAUGACGGGCUCGUCGCUGUGAAAGAGUUGUUGUCUUCGGUGGACCACUUGUCGCUGACAACUGACAUAUGGACAUCAAAAGCAACACGUUCGUAUGCGACGACCACAGCACACUGGAUAAACGGCGAGUGGGAGCUCCAGUCCUGCGUGUUGGAAACAACACACUUCAGUGGCUCGCACACCGGGAUAAAAAUCAGCGAGCAGAUAAUGAACGCAGUGUCUCGAUUUGAUGUCCCUGCAGAGAAAGUAUGUGCAGUUGUACACGACCAGGCUGCCAACGCUGAGCUUGCUGGGAAGAUCUUGCUGGAGCGCCAUGGUUGGGGGAGCUGUGCCUGUAGUGCUCACCGUUUGCAGAAUGCAGUGAAAGAUGCCCUGCAGAUGACGGACCUGGAGACCCUGCUCUCUAGAGCUCGACAUCUUGUUGGUCAUUUCCGUCAUUCUGCCUUGAAGACGGGUCAGCUUGAGGAGAAGCAGCGCUUGCUGAAGAUGUCAUCAGUGAAGCAUGUCAUCCAGGAUUGCCCCACAAGGUGGAACUCCGCAUACCUGAUGCUUGCGCGACUGGUGGAGCUGAGAACACCAAUACAGCUUGUCCUUGCUGACAUGCCGGACAAGGCUCGCCAGAACCUGGAUUUGACUGUCACUGAAUGGACAACAGCCAAGUUGCUCCUGGCUGCAUUGAGCUGCGUCGAUGAAGUCACCAAGCAUCUGGGUGGGGAGAAAUACUCAACGCUGUCGUGGCAUCUGCCUCUUCUCUCCUCCCUCUGCACUUUCUGUGACGACCUCAACUCUGAUGACGACGAGCCACUGCUUGUCACAACCGCCAAAAGUCGACUCGGUAACAAUGUCAACCGCCGGUUUGAACUGGACUCAACACGUUCAACAAGUAUCUAUGCCAUGGCCACAGCGCUUGAUCCCCGCUUUCGCGACUUGAAGUGCAUGACCAAUGCAUGCAGAGCUGGCGUAAAGGAUGCCCUGAUCAGUGCAGCUGCUGUUGAUUGUCAGUCCGAUGACGGGUGCCAGGUAUCCUCACCUUCAGCAAAACGCCAUUGUCCGGACGCUCCCUCAGCAGCGUCAGUUCUCGAUGAUCUCCUGGGAGGUGAGAACGAAAAUGAUGAGUCGAUCCAGGCAGAGGUUGAAUUGUACCUCAACGAGAAGGUCGUCCGCCGAGCUGUGGAUCCGUUGGUGUGGUGGAAUGCUAACGCCAGCCGCUUUCCCCGGCUUGCUGCACAAGCCAAGCGCUACCUGUGUAUUCCGGCAACCAGCGUACCAUCGGAGCGGGUCUUUUCAUUUGCCGGCUAUCUGGUGGACAAGCGGCGUUGUUCGUUGUCGAGCACUAGCAUCGAUGCACUGAUCUUCCUCCAUUGCAAUGCACACCUACUGAGGAUCAGGAAGGAAGGCAUUGCACGAGCAUUACCUGCCAUGGUGCUAGUCCCUACCGCUGAAGAUGAUAUGCCGCCUCUGCCCAGCUUGCAGUCAUGA